CGAACGACUCAAGUAAACAACAUUGACCGUCACCAUCCCCAGUACAGUAUUGUGUUAAUGGGGCCAAAAAAUUCUCGUUUUUUUUCACACUUUAUAUCGCUAAUAACUUUUAACUGGGAUACAAUCUGUGGCCUGGGGAGUCAUAAACACUGUGUCUACUUCAUAGGUAACAGACCACACCAUAGUACAAAAUGAGCAGUGACUAUGUUGGGUGUCAGGUAUCGGUGGAAGUGGGAGGUGGACUUGGGUGGUACCAAGGGCGAGUGGUAAGUAUCAACUCUGAGAGGCAGACCAUCACCAUCACACAAGUUCUUCACAAUGGUCGACCGGCUGCCCUCUCAGAAGUUACUAUCAAUGCUGGUGAUAUCAUAGAUUUGACGAUCCUAUCACGUCCCAAGGCAGACAAUGAUGACCAACAGCAACAAAAGGUUGAUUCAAAGCCAAUACAACAGCAACAACAGGUAGUUCAGCCACAAGCUCAACAACAGUCCAGCCAAAAUCCACAAAGCUGUGCAGAGCAUGUAUGUAUUCAUCAACAAAAAGAGUCCAGAUGUUCUCCACAGCCACAAGCAGCAGCUACUGCUGAUGUAACUUCAGUAGGAAGUACAACAAAUGCUCUGCAGCAACCUCGACGUAAGCCUCGCACAUCUGUGGGGGAGACCUUAGCACAUGGGUCCCAUUCCUCAGCUGCCAGAGAAUCUGCUGCUGACUGGCAACGAAUGAACCAAACCAUAGUGACAGCACAGGAGUACAGUUCUCCUCGCCGUUAUGACAGAUAUGGCAUUGAUGUAUCUAGAACUCCUGGGAAGAAAGAAAGAAUGAGAAGGAAUAGGGAUGAAACCACUUUCGGGACUUUAAUAGAUGAUGAUAUGCUCGCCACUGAGUUUGACUUUGAGAAGAAUCUUGCUCUUUUUGACAAACAGGCUGUGAUAGAGGAAAUACAGAGCUUGAAGCCUGAUGUUGUGCGUCAAGCUGACCGCUAUACUGAGAAGAAAUACAGAUGUGAUGAGAAUGUUUUGCCAUCUAAACCUCCUGUUAAGAGGCAGAUUAUUGUCCCCACAUCAGGUGCUGCUGAAGUCAUAUAUGCAAAUGAUAGCGGACUUCUUGUACCCUCUGUAAGCAGUGACCUACGUGCUGCCUUAUUGUCUACAGCAAACCAACACGGUUUGACUAAUUCUCGUCAGCUGGAAAUGAUUGGUCGAGCUGCUACUGAAAUUAUACUCUCUCUCAGUGGUGGCAGUCAUAGGUUGGGGACAGGUAACAGCCAUCAGCCUCUAGUGGUGGUAGUAUUGUGUGGAUGCCAUUUGCAGGGUGCAGCUGGAGUUAAUACUGCCAGACAGUUGGAGAGUCAUGGUGUGCAAACUGUUGUAGUCACCCUUCAGAUGCCUUCUUCACCCCAACCUCCUCUUCUGUUUACUCAUGAGCUACAAUUGUAUACGCUCACCAAUGGCCGUACAACCUCUGAUCCUAGAGGCAUUCCAUCCACUCUUGACCUUAUAGUUGAUGCUCGAUUAGACCACAGCGGCCGAGCAUGUGAAGGUGGCGUCGGUCAUACUUGGCUGAACUCAACUAGUGCUUGGGCAUCAACCUCACGUGCACCUAUUCUUGCGCUAGAUCCACCAAGUGACUUGGCAGCCAUUCCAUCAACUCAACCACCUUUGCCUGCCCGCGUUCUUUUGUGUCCAGCUCUUCCAUUAGCUUACACACCUGCCCGUGGUAAAGUGUAUCUCAUAAACUUGCCCAUACCGCAGCAGACUUUUAAUGCAGUAGGUAUCAAGUAUGUGUCUCCAUUUGGGGCCAAGUUAGUUAUUCCACUUCAUCCAUGUGAAUAAUAUGUUGUUGUUUUUCUCCUAUGAUUUCCCUCUUUAAUGUUGGGGUAUGAAAUAUAGAGUAAACACAUGCACACGGACUUUCCCAUUAUUCAUUCAUUCAUUUUUCCCACUCUUAAUAUGUUUUCUGGUAUGGAAUAUCUUGUAUUUUGUCAAAGUGCUUUAACAUCACAUUUAUAUGGUUUGUCAAAUUUGUAAGUGAUAUUGAUAUCAUUAUAUAUUUUACUCUUAGUGAUAAUAUAGUAAAAAGAGUAUAAGUGUUAAAGUUUAUAUAUUGUAUACUAUAAAGUAUGAUGUUAUCUUAUGAAAUCAAUAAUAUAAUCAUUUUGUGUAAUAUAGUUAGUACAAUAUAAAUACUUAAUAAUACUCAUAUCGUGUGUCAUACAGUAUAUAACAAGUGUAUGAAUUGAUUACUGAGAUGGCAUAAGUAAUCAUUGUAAAGUAUCUUCCUCAGUAUUUAUGAUAGCUGACGUAUUUAUGAUGAACUUUAGUAUGAAUUUCUCAAUAAAGUAUAUGCAUCUUGGUGUUACUGUAUAAGGAAAUAUUGUCAAGUUCAAUCUUUUAUAGGCUGAGAUACAGUGGAGUGUACGGCAAGUUGAAAUUUGUUUGUUUUAAAUGUUAACUCUGUUUUUGUUUGUUUGUUUGUUUUAUAGGUUCAUGCUUUUCAUGAAAUGGAUAAAAACUUUAAAAUUUAUAUUUAUACUAAUUAUAGUACAAAAUCUAUUUAAGAAACGCUGAAAAAAAUCUUGUAUGAUGAUAAUGAUGAUAUUGAACUUGAGGGUCAUGUUGAUGCCAUGGAUACUGAACUUGAGGAGUGACAUAGCUAGAGAUAUCCAUGAACUUCAGCAAGACCCACAUUUACAAAUGACAUGGUAUAAAAGUUGCCACAGUAACAUGUUAAAAUUUUGUUAUAACAACUUUAUACAACAUAAACUUUUAUAGAAAUUAAAUAAUAUAUUAUAACUUAGAAAUAAUAGCCUACAAAUUUUAUAUUAACCUCACAGAUGUAUCCUCUACAACAGCUAGAUAAUAACUGAUAUCCUGUGGUCACUGGUCAGACUCCCUACAAAAUACUCUGGUGGUUACCAAGUGGUCUUCUAUUGCAAUUCUUAUAUACCUUACGAAUGAAGCCACUUUCUUGUAUGCAUAUUUUUUAAAUGUUUAUUAACUCGGGCAUCUUUAUAACCUGUGUAUUCUAACAAUUUGAUUAUUAAAUUAUAAAAUAUAUUUUAUUUUGUUUUUAGAAAAUGUGGGACUGGCACACCACACACUGUCAAGGUGCAGUAUCAUAGAUCUGGUCAAACCCCAUUUUUGGCAGGGAUUUAUUUUAUAACUUAUGCAUGGACUGAAAACUCACAUACAGUGAAGUAAGAUAAUAGUUUGCCAACAAGGGUUCCCAGGACCUGAUUGUAUAACUGGGACUAAACUCCAGAAAUUAAUUAAUAGUAAUAAUAAUACUGUACAGUAGUAAUCUUCUAUCACAGUCCUACCCCUGUAAAUUGGGGAAUGUGGGAGGCAUCAGUUGCCAUUGAGGUUAAAAGUUAAGUCUUCACAUGUGCUCUAUACUCUACAGCUGUAGAUUAGAAAAUGGACAUGGCCAACCUACAAACUAGAUGGUAGACCUUAUGUAGUUAUUGCACUUUGUAGAACCCUUUAUAAAAAUGAAGUUAGAGAUUCGCUAAUAUGAAAGCCACAUUUCUCACAUGUGGUAGAAGUGUUCCUGAGAUUAGUGUUUUGAGAAGAGGCGAGAGAGUCUAAACUUUGACCCUUCCCUUUUGUGGACUAAGUCCAGUCCAAGUCUAAAUACUGCCUCUUCGUCAAAGGAAAUUAAUUAACAUAAUUAUAAACGAAACUUAAUCUCAUCUAUUACUUUAUCCAAUGAAGGCAGUCCUGAAGUACUUGUAGUUAACAGACCAGUUUAAUCAACCACUUGGCUCCUACCCCAAUCAGUCUAAGUUUGGAACCUUUUAGGGCUAUUCUCCUGCACAGUGGACAUGGCCAUUAAACUCGGCUACCUUGUACAUAGAUUGAGAGAUAUCACUGAACUCAAUCAUUUAACCUUUUGUGUAUAUGGUUCUUUCUGUGAUGAAUAAAAUCUUCUGACGUCAGCUAAAUUAAAUUUUAAAAGCAACGUCCCCUUAGUGAAAAGGUUAGUGGAAACAGAUUGUUUACUACCAUAAUUCCUUGUGCAUGGGGUCCUCUCUUAAAUAAAAUUAUAUAAGUAUCUGGCAUUAACCAAAUAAAGUAAUAAGUGGUCCCCAUAGUGAAGGGGUUAAGGGGAUGCAUGAGCAUUGGCAACUUUACCUUUGAAUUACUGUAUGUACAACUUGUGAGCUUGUAAUGUUAGUUGUCCUAAUCCGAUGAACAUACAUGGGUGUGAGUUGUGCUAAAACCUGGAGCUUCUGUGUCUCCAUGUUCUCUUCUGUACUAACUGGUUUCAAAUAAUGUACAUGUAUUGCUUGAUCCUUGCUUAAGAUAUUAAAAAGGGACCGAUCCUGAAAUCCCACUGUACAGCAUAAUCAAGCAUAGGUGCCACUAAUUUACAAUUUGUGGAAUUCAUAAUCCUCAUGGUCUGUUGGAACAUAACUUUGUGGAUUAGCCAGGAUUUUGUUUACUAUAAGUGGGGUAUAUACUGAUACUUGUAAAUUGUAAGGCUAGUUUUGGGGUGCAAUGUUCGAGUAAAUGUAGCACUCCUCUCCUGAAACAAAUGGUCACUGAUUUGAGUUCUUUGACCAACCACUGUGGGGUGUCCCCCAGUCAACCCAGCCUAUGGCAACCACUUUGACAAGGCUGAUACUAGAGUUAUUUGUAGUUAAUUUGUUUAUCGUUACAUGAAAUUCACUCUUAGGAUUGGCAAUUUUCUGCCAGAGUGGAAGUAUGAUAGACUAAUACUGUAUUCAGCAGAUAUUGUAGUGACAAACUGUACUAUGUUAUAGUUACUUACGCUAAUAGCUGAUGAUUAAGAAAUUACAUGGAUCUUUGUCAGUGAUCCCUUUAUUUUUUGUAACGAUAAUUACAUGUGAUAUAUUAUACUGGUA